AGGUACGCGCAUGUGUGCGGUGUUUGCGUGCACGAACUCUUUACUUGUUCGACAAACAAUUAAUAAGUGCGCUCCAUUGUAUUUGUUUGUAGCGAGUUUCCAUCGGUCGCAUUUUGUCGCAAUUAAUAAUGAAUUUUGAUCGAUAUUUCCAUUCGAGUACCCGCCAGCACAAAUAAUACAUUUUUAUAUAGCGGCGACAUUUGUCCGCGAUAUCGACUCGCUGUUAUCAGAAACAAGAUUAGAGGUUUAAGGCACAGCCUGAAAGGUAUCGCCCGUUAUCACAGUACCCAGUGAAAUACGCGAAGGAUAGCAAUUGUAUGCUUUUUGUACACGCAUCUGGUAGAAAGAAUCGCAACAUCAGGAUGGCUCAAGACGCCGAAGUCGGAAUGAAGUGCAUCAGCUACAUGCUGUUCACAACCAACUUUAUGUUUGCCAUGAUCGGCUUCCUGCUGAUUUCCGUAGGCAGCACAAUCACAGCUAUCUUCACGGAUUUCGAGACGUUUAUACUGACACAAUUCAGCCCGGCCGCUCUUCUGAUCGCCAUCGGUGUGAUCAUCUUCAUCGUAUCGCUGUUCGGGUGUUUCGGCGCCAUCAAGAAGAGCACAUGCUUGAUCAACACUUAUGCAUUCUUGCUCAGCUUGAUCCUGAUCUUGGAGAUCUCGGCAGCCAUCGCCGCAUACUCGAUGAGAAGUAACGUUGCCGAAUAUGUCGGUGACAACAUGCAGACUACCAUCGCCUUCUAUAAGAAGCACAACUCCACCAAGGCCGAGUGGGAUUACUUGCAGUCUAGGUUGCAAUGCUGCGGAAUCAACGGCCCCGAGGAUUGGAAGGAAAUCUUAAACAUCGAACCACCAUCCAGCUGUUACAGAGGUGAUAUCAAAAUGGAAUUGAACAACUUGUACACCGGAGGAUGCUUGAACCGUCUGCAUUUCAUCAUGCACGACUGCGCCACCCUCAUCGGUACUGGUGCAAUCUGCGUCGCCGUCGUCCAACUUUUGGGCGUCAUCUUUGGUUUCAUGUUGGCCAAAUCUGUGCGCCGUUUGAAGACGGAGCAGGCUUUGGAGAGGGACAACCGUCAGAGGUUCUACGCUCAGAUGGCGAGGGGCACCAGCGACAAGCCAACCCCUGUCCUCUACACACCGACCGAAAGCAAUGCAUAGGCGGUACUGCACUUUAACUUAAACAGGAAAGGUAACACAUACUAACACUAUAAUUAAUCAUUUACGUUGUGCUUUAAAAAUUGUUAAAGAAGUAUGUUAACUAUAUUUUUGACUAGAAGAAA